AUGCACAUGAAGAAGGAAAUGGAGGAGUGGCAAGACACAAUAUACUCCGAGCACCUGGACGACCUGUCAGUGUGCUCGCAGCGGGAGGAAAUUCUGAAGGGCCUGGAGGAGGAGUUUCGCAAGGGCCUGCAGGAAGUCCGGAAGGCAAAGGAGAAAAAAAGCCCUGCGAGCAAGCAGGAGAGGAUAUACAGCGAGAUACACAUCCCCAGAAAGGGGCAGAGCAGGUGGGAAAGCAUUCGGGGGGAGCACGUUAAAAACGUCCCAAUAACUGCGCCUGGGAUGCCCUGUGCCUCCCCCGAGAAUAGAAAAGAUGCGUACAAAAUCAACUUGAAAGAGCCCAUUUUGUUUUUUAAUGUGUGCAGCCGGCACUUGGUCUCAGUCACGGAAAAGGGCGUUAUAAAGAUAUUUUCCAUCCUGAGCAGCUGCCAGCUCGAAAAAGUGUGGGAGAUAUCGCACCAUUUGUUUGGGUUUCUGAUUCGCACGAAGGCCAUUCCCCACUCUGUGGCCGACACGCUCAGCACGGUUCUCCUGGAGCUGUACUGCAAGAGGGUGAAGGACCUGGAAAAAGUCUUCCAGGAGCUGCUCACUUUCUGCAAGAUAACCACGGUCAAGAAAGCAUUCUUCUUCAACGGGUACCUGUGCCUGGUUUCCUCGUUUGGGGAAAUGCAGAUAUUUGACGAGACUCUCCGGGAGAUUCCCAUUGGAAAGAAUCUGAAGCCGAUUAUACGGUCCAUCCUGAAGGAGCCUGUGGAGAAGAAGGAGCAUGUGAACAAAAUGGUGCGGCACGAGGAAACGGUAAGCCUAAAGUCCAUCACAGUCAAGGUGCUUAGAAACAAGAUAAAGCUCAUAUACUCCAAGAAGAGCGUGUACGAGGAAAUAGCAUUCGCAAAGAACGAGCAGGUUGUAUAUACGGACAAUAUGCUAUUCCUUAAAGAGAGGGAGUCCAUCCACGUGAUUCUCCUGGAGUAG